AUGCCUUUCGGUCAAGUCGUGGUGGGACCUCCGGGCAGCGGAAAAUCAACCUAUUGCAACGGAAUGCAGCAAUUUAUGAGAGGAAUCGGAAGAAAAGUUGUUGUGGUUAAUAUGGAUCCAGCUAAUGAGGGAUAUACCUAUGAAUGUGGAGUGGAUAUUCAAGAUUUAAUUUGUGUUCAACCUGUGAUGGAGGAAUUAAAAUUGGGCCCAAAUGGAGCCUUGAUUUAUUGUAUGGAAUAUUUGAAGGAACAUUUGGAGGAUUGGUUGAAAGUACAAUUGAAGCCCUAUAUUGUAGAUGAUUCUUAUUAUGUCAUUUUUGAUAUGCCGGGACAAAUUGAAUUAUAUACACAUUAUAAUGUUGUAAAGGAUAUUUGUGAUGUUUUAGUGAAUAAGUGGCACUUUAGAUUAUGUGCUGUAAAUUUGGUAGAUGCUCAUCAUUGUACAGAUGCCUCUAAAUAUAUUUCUGUUCUCAUGGUUUCUCUUUCGAUUAUGAUUAGAUUGGAAUUACCUCAUGUCAAUAUUUUGUCAAAGAUCGAUCUGAUAGAACAAUAUGGAAAAUUGGCUUUUGACAUUGACUUUUACACGGAUGUUCAAGAUUUAUCUUAUCUUGUGCAAAGUAUUGGGCGAAAACCUGAGUCACACAUUGAUGGAGAAGCUAAUUCCAAUCCAAUUGAAUCUGAUGAGGAUGAAAAUGAUGAUGACGAAAAACAUGAUAUGCAAGAUGAGGAAAGUUUUGAAUCAAAAAUAGCCAAACGAAAACGAAAAUACAAGACGAGAUUCAGAAAGCUAAAUCAAUUAAUGGCAGAUGUCAUUCAGGACUAUUCUCUAGUUUCAUUUUGUACUUUGAAUAUUCAAGAUAAGGAGAGUGUGUUAAACGUGUUGAAAACGGUCGAUAAGGCCAGUGGAUAUGUCUUUGGAGCAUGUGAACAGGAUAAUACUUCAAUUCUGGAUGUCGCUUCCUCCAAUCUAAAAUGGGCGUAUGAAGCAAACGAUGAUGUUCGAACUAAGUACUUGAAAGAACACAAUGAUGAAUAA